CUCCUCACCAACCCCUUCGCUCUCCUCCUCCUCCUCUCUCUCCUCACAGCCUGGCUCUUCCUCUACGUCUUCCGCCCCUCCGAUCCCCCUCUCCUCAUCUUCGGCCGUACCUUUACAGAACGGGAAACCCUAGGCAUCCUCGUCUUAUCAACCGUCCUCGUCAUCUUCCUCACCAGCGUUGGAUCUGUACUCAUCUCUGCUCUCAUGGUUGGAUUGGCCAUUAUUUGUGGCCACGGUGCUCUUAGGGUUCCCGAAGAUCUGUUUCUCGAUGAGCAAGAACCUGUUGCUUCUGCUACUGGAUUCCUUUCCUUCCUCGCCGGUGCCGGUUCCAAUGCUGGAGCUUCUGCCACUCCCGCAGUUGCAGCACGCGGCUGAGGUUCACUUUCAUGUCAGUACUUUGGCAUCGAGGAUGGUUUGGCUAAAUUCGUAGUCCUCUCGAUCCAAUCAUACGUUUUAGUAGACAAAAUUAUAAUAAUAAUAAUAAUAAUACAGGGAUUGGAAUAAUUCAAAUUGCUCUAUGCUUGUAGUAGGUUGCAUAUAUCUCAAUUGUUCAUUUUUUUGGUAUGAUGUGUUAAUACUUAGUAGUUCCAUCGAUAUUGAAUUAUUCAUUA